AUGACUUUCCCAACUGUAUUUACUGUUAUUUGUGCGAUUACCGCUGCAGCUACUUCAGCCAGCCAAUUGAAUUGGUCGACCGUUGUGCGUCCACAAGCGAAUCCUGCCGAUGCGUUUCGACCGAAAUUACACACGGAGAGCUUUAGUGAACGCAUCACUAACGGAGAAUUAGCUGGACGUGCACAAAUUCCAUAUCAGGCGGGUUUGUUGUUUUAUACAACUUUAGGGAGUGUUUGGUGUGGCGGAUCAAUCAUCUCGGAUCGUUGGAUUAUCACCGCGGCUCAUUGCGCGGACGAGUUAAUCGGUGGUGUUGAUGUUUACGUGGGUGCACUAAAUAGAACAGAUCACAAUGAAACAGGUCAACAUAUAAUUUUCGUAUCAAAGAAACAUAUUGUUGUGCAUGAGAACUAUGAUGAAAUCGAGCUAACAAAUGAUGUUGCAUUGAUUAAGCUGCCGGUGCCACUGGAGUUCACCGAGUUCAUUCAACCAGUCAAACUUCCGAAGGGUGACGAAGCUAAUGAAACUUUCGAAAAUGAAACUGUCAUAGUGUCCGGUUGGGGUAGAAUCUCCGAUGACGAUUACGAACUUACCGAUAUUCUACGCUGGAUUGAUGCGCCGGUAAUUAGCAACAGUGAGUGCAGUUCAUGGAUUUAUGGCUCCAUUCAAUCAACAAAUAUUUGCAUCGGCACUAUUGAUCUCAAGUCAACAUGUAAUGGUGAUGCCGGCGGUCCUCUGGUUUUAGCGCAAGAUCCAACCCUUAUUGGCGUAGCCACCUUUAAUAUAAUCUACAGCUGUGAGAUUGGUGGACCAGCUCCUUUUACGCGAGUAACUUCGUAUCUCGACUGGAUAGAAGCUAAAAAUGGAAAGAUGAAGCUAGUAAUUGCCUUAGUUGUUUGCUUUUUUGGCAGCGUGAUCGCUUCCACCGAUAAAGUGGAUUGGACUAAUGUACCACCAUUGGAUGUGGAUCCUAAACUCCCAUAUCAUCCACGCAUGAGCCUCGAUGGACCCACAGGACGUAUUACCAACGGUCAAGUAGCUGCUCAAAAACAAUUCCCCUAUCAAGCCGGUUUGAGAUUGUACGUCCCCGGUGGUGCUGCAUGGUGUGGUGGCAGUGUGAUCUCUGAUCGUUGGGUUCUGACGGCUGCGCAUUGCACUGACAAUUUGACUACUGGCGUUGAUGUGUACUUGGGCACUUGGGAUCGCACAGACCCUACCGAAAAGAAUCAACAGAUCAUUUUCGUUUCUAAAAAGAAUGUUAUUGUGCAUGAAAAUUGGGAUGAAGACACGAUUACCAAUGAUAUUUCGCUCAUUAAACUGCCAGUACCAAUUGAAUUCAACGAUUACAUUCAACCAAUUGCCUUGCCCAAAAAGUCAGCCAGCUACGACAGCUACGUUGACAAGUCAGUGAUCGCCUCUGGAUGGGGAAGAAUUUCCGAUUCUGCUACGUCAGUCACCGACUUAUUGCGUUGGAUUGAAGUCCCAGUAAUGUCGAACAGAGGAUGCAAUAUUUGGUUCCUUGGUAACGUUAAGUCCACAAACAUUUGCAUCAAGACAACUGGCGGUAUCUCAACUUGCAACGGCGACUCCGGCGGUCCAUUAGUGUCCAAUGAUGGUGAGAGCACUAUUUUGGUUGGUGCCACUUCCUUUGGUUUUGGUUUGGGAUGUGAGGUAGGAUGGCCAGGUGUGUUCACACGCAUCACAUCCUACUUGGAUUGGAUCGAAGAAAAGUCCGGUGUUGCAUAUUACUAAAUGAAAAUACAAUAAAUUGUUUAAAAAUAUUUACACACUUAGUAUUAUUUA